AGUUCAGGCGGCUUCUCCUUUAGCUCUCUUUCUUAUUCACAUUCACUCUCACCCACGACCACGAACCUCCCCCUUCUUCCUACAUAACCCCACCCUCUCUCUCAUUUCACAAAAAAGAAGAAGAAGAAGAAGCAACAUAAACAAAAAAAAAAAGAGAUAAACCUUUUUUCUUUGGUUGAAUCAAAUCAGUGGGAUUUUGAAUUCAAGAGAUUGAGAAACUCAUUGUGAAUGAUGACGGAAGAGGUUUCGUGUUAUCUGUUAAUCUCUUCAGAGGUAUUUUCUGGGCUCGAUUUCUUCUGAAUCAAGUUAUUAGGCUUCGUUGUUGUAGUGGUCAUAGUUGGAUGUAAUUGGGGGAAAAAGGGAGCCACUUUGAAAUUAAAAUUUCAAAAAAAUGUAUAUAUCACGGAUGGGUUUGAGUCGGAGUUUCCCGCCGCUUUCUGGGGGUUAUCAGGAAAUUCUAGGGUUAGGGUUGGAUAUCGUCUUCCUCUAGCGUCUUCUUCUUCAAGUUCUCAAAUAGAGAUUUCAAUUUUAAGAUCUCGAUUUUGGUUUGGGGUUUUAAUGGCUAAUUGGGAGAUCUGGGAUUUGGGAGAUUGAAAUUUCAAUUAAUUUUGAUUUAAAAAAAAAAAGAAGAAGAAAAAGUUCGAAUUCGAAACUGUGAAAUGAAAGGAUCGAUUCUAUUGUCGAUGGAGAAUCACCACCCUUCAACACUCUUAUCCAUGGACUCCACUGGCUCAUCUCACGAAGACCUCGAUCUCGAUAUGAACAACAACCAAAUCACUCUUUACAACAACCCACCCGACAUCAACCUCCCCUUGUCCGUAGGACGAGGAGGAAGCUCUCCCACUUGGAACUUGGAUUCUUGCGACAACAUCCUAGACGUUGGCCUUAGCUCCUCCCAUGUCUACGAGACCGAGACUUUCCUCAACAACGUGGCUUCCGCGGCUCCCAGUAAUAAAGUCACCAAGAAAUGCUUGAAACGCGGAGACAGCAUGUGGGGUGCUUGGUUCUUCUUCAGCUCCUACUUCAGACCGGCCUUGAACGACAAAUCAAAGUCUAAAGUCGUUAGAGAAGGAGGAGGAGGAUGCUUUACAGGGUUUGAUAAAUCUGAUCUCAAGCUCGAUGUGUUUCUCGUUCAGCAUGAUAUGGAGAACAUGUACAUGUGGGCUUUCAAGGAUAAACCCGACAACGCCCUCGGUAAAAUGCAGCUGAGGAGCUAUAUGAACGGUCAUUCUCGUCAGGGCGAGCGUCCUUUCCCUUUCAGCGCGGAGAGAGGGUUUGUUAGGUCUCACAGGAUGCAGAGGAAGCAUUACAGGGGGCUCUCUAAUCCUCAGUGUCUCCACGGGAUCGAAUUCGUGCCGUCGCCGAGUCUCUUGUGCGUCAGCGAAGAAGAUAAGAAGAGGUGGAUGGAGCUGACCGGUCGAGAUCUCAAGUUCACUAUCCCUCCUGAUGCUAGCGAUUUCGGUUCGUGGAGAAACCUUCCCAACACUGAUUUUGAGCUGCCUCAUGUUGCGAAACCGGUUUUAAAUAACGCUAAGAAGAUGCUCAAUGGUUCGGGAUUGCAUUUGACAAACAACGCUUCUUUCAGCAGCAACGGUGACUCAUCAGAUCAAUCUCCAGGACGAGGAGGAGUAGGUAACGUUAGUAAGAAGAGAAAAGAGUUUUUAUCUCCUGGAAGCAGCGAAGAAGAAUGUUGCUUGACUGUGAACAUGAACAGCGUUGAGACACACACACCACCCGGUUGGGUAAAGGACUUCACUGGAGUGAUGAAGAACGUUCACGGUCCCGCGACUGCUGCCAAAACCAUCUACGAAGACGAAGAAGCUUACCUGAUCGUCAUAACGUUACCGUUCGUGGAUCUGAACAGCGUCAAGGUCUCGUGGAGGAACAGCAUCACCAACGGAAUCGUCAAGGUCACGGGAUCGAGCACGUCAAGGGCUCCUUUAGUGAAGAGGAGGGAGCGUACUUUCAAGCUGGUUGUUGAUCAGACGGCUGAGCAUUGUCCUCCGGGGGAGUUCAUGAGAGAGAUACAGCUGCCAAAUAGGAUUCCGGAAGAAGCAAACAUUGAAGCGUAUUUCGAUGGGACGGGACCGGUUCUGGAGAUUCUGGUGCCCAAGUUGAGGGGAGGAGUGGAGGAAGAACACGAGGUUAGGGUUUGUCUGCGGCCACAACACCACAUCGGAGGAACAGGCGAGCUUAAGUUGACGUGAUGAAAAUAUGUGUUUAUGUUUUUUAUAGAUAGAAAACAUUAUGGGAAAUAAGCAAAAGCAGAACUUCAAUCCUUGAGUGUAAAACGUUCUCAACUUUUCUUUUGGUCAUAGUGUAAUUUUAUCACUUUGUUUUUUUUUCUUCUUUUAUGUAUGGUUUAUAUAUUCACAUUUUAAAAGAUUACAGUAGUUGAUAA